UAAGUAUCAGUUCCCCUCCUGUCUUCAACAUGAACGCUAAGAUUCUCUUCGUCUUGGGCUUGGUUGCCGUUGUCGCUGCUGACAAGCGUCCAGCACGACCAUCUACUUCCUAUGGAGCUCCUCAGGUAGCUGCUGCCCCCAGGCCAUCAAGGCCAUCCACAGCCUACGGAACACCUCAGGUACAGCGCCCCUCCUUCGACUCCUUCGAGAACUCCUUUGAACGCUCCUCCUUCGAGCGUCCUUCUUUCGACCGCUCCUUUGAACGCUCUUUCGAACGUUCCUUCGAGCGCGACUCAGACGAGUCCUUCGAAUCCCCCAAGUACAACUUCCAGUUCGGCGUCCACGACGACUCCGCCAGCGCCAGCUUCGAGCACCAGGAGGCCCGUGACGAUGACGAGACCCAGGGAUCCUACACCGUCCAGCUUCCCGACGGUCGUCGCCAAACCGUCAGGUACUUCGUCAACGGAGACUCAGGCUACGUCGCUGAGGUCACCUACGAAGGAGAAGCCAGGUACCCCGACUCCUCCUCCUCAUUCGAGUCCUCAUUCGAGUCCAGGGAGUUCUCAGCCCCAAGACCCUCUUACUCAGCCCCCAGAGCCCAGCGCCCAAGACCCUCUUUCUCAUCCUUUGAGUCCCACGAAUCUCGCGAAUUCGUGGCUGUACCCAGCAGGGCUUACGGCGCUCCUCAGUAAGGCAGACGAAGUUUGCACGAAACCGACAUCGUAUCGAGACGACAAAGACUUUACAGUUAACCUACUUCUGCUUUCUGCUCUCUUUUCCUCUCUUUAUUAGGAUUCUUUUCCUCUUUUCUCUCUUGAUAAUGAACAGAUAUCAGUCCUGCCCAUAGUUGUUGUUCCUAUGUACACUGAAAAAUUUGUACAUUGCUAUUUAUUGCUAUUUAUUAAAGAAAGGAAUUACA